CUACUACCGUACGAUUCAAAAUCUGACUCAACUUUGACUCAAACUCAAAUCACCGUGACUCAUAUUCAAAAUUCUGAAUCAUUCUGUACAGCAUCUCCUUUCCUACAUAUGCCGGACACGACCCCCUAGUCCCUGUCCAUUAUCACCUUCUGCAUUUUGCAGACAUAUAUCUAAUAUGUCAACUCACUUGCGCCCGGAGGAUUCUCAACUCAUCAAUGAUCUGCACCAGCUCUCAAAGAAGUCGCCCAAGCUUGUACGAUCAACGGUGUACAGCGUGCCGUCAGAUCCCUCCAUCUCCGUUCGAAGCUGGAAGAUGAACGAGUUCAAGUACUAUGACAUUCCAUCGCCUUUUCCAACGCUAGCGAGAGGUCUGUUCAGCCGUGAACUUCCAUGUGGGGAUGACUCUAAGGGAGAGCAAAAGUACCAAAUCGUAGCUCGAGGAUACGAUAAGUUUUUCAACAUCGGAGAGGUCCCGUGGACCGAUUGGUCAACACUCUCCUUACAUACAGGACCCACGUAUACGCUGUCACUCAAAUCUAAUGGAUGUAUCAUAUUUGUCGCCCCCAUUUCUCCUUCAAAGUUGAUCGUCACGUCCAAGCAUGCACUGGGUCCAAUGCAAGGGGUCUCAGAAACACAUUCCGAGGUCGGCCAUCGGUGGCUCAAGAAGCACUUGGAAGAAAAGGGCAAAACUGAGGAACAACUGGCAUCGAGAUUAUGGGAGAAGAACUGGACAGCAAUCGCCGAGCUUUGCGACGACAGCUUUGAGGAGCACGUACUCCCUUAUCCUACCGAGAAGUCAGGUCUACAUCUCCACGGAAUAAACGAAACUUCGAGGGAAUUUCAUACCAUGCCUACGGAAACGGUUGACGCAUUUGCAGAAGAAUGGGGAUUUAUCAAGACGCCUGCCAUCGCCCUGAACUCAAUUCCAGAAGUAAAGUCCUUCACCGACGAUAUCGCAAAAACCGGGAAAUGGAAUGGCGAAGCACUCGAGGGAUUUGUAGUCCGUACGCACAUCAUCGAUCCAAAGCAGGGGUCUACCACUCGAAAUACGCCUCCUCCUUACCCAACAGGAUCCUCUUUCUUCUUCAAAGUAAAGUUCGAUGAACCGUACAUGAUGUAUCGCGACUGGCGGGAAGUCACUAAAACUUUGUUGUCGGCAAAAGGGCCACUCAACAACGUCAAACUGCCAAAGUCGAAGUUGAAGCGGAAGGAGACGCGCCUUUAUGUCGAAUGGGUAAAAAAGGAAAUAAGACAUAAUCCUAGCGCAUUUUCGGAGUAUUCGAAAGGCAAAGGCAUCAUCGCUACUCGCGAGAGAUUCUUGCAAUGGAUGGAGACCGACGAAGGGAAGAAGGGGUUAGUCGUGGAGAGUGAGGCGCCGCCAACCACAAAGGAGUUUGGGAAGACGAUAAUUUUACCUGUUGCCAUUCCCGGGUGUGGCAAGACGGCUGUUUCUAUUGCGCUUGCUUCUCUAUUCAAUUUCGGACACACCCAGAGUGACGAUGUACAAGCGAAAAAAUCCGGCUCCGCGUUCAUCAGGAAUGUUGUCAAUCUCUUGGAGGACUAUGAUGUUGUUAUAGCCGACAAGAAUAACCACCUCAGGCAACAUCGUGACUCUCUACGCGAAGCCGGUGCCAAAAUGGACCCCCCUGUUCGUCUCCUCGCGUUGAAUUGGUCGCUCGAUCGACCUCAAGCGACAAUCCAUCGGAUAUGCGGUGAUAGAGUUUUUGCGCGUGGUGAUAAGCACCAGACUCUUCGCGCUGAUACCCUGGCCAAGGCGCAUGAAGACGUCAUAUGGCAGUUUAUCCGUUCUUCAGAGGAGCUUGCCGACCAAGAGGUAGACGUAAGCAUAGAAAUGGACAUCGAAGAUACCCUUGAGGAGGCCGUAGGCCGUGCAGUUGCUGCGUGCGUCAGUACCCUUGGUCUUCGGCAGCCAAGUGCAGAAGAGAUCGACGAGGCCGUACGCAAGGCCCGUGAUUACGUGCCUCAGACAAAGAAGCCUCAAGAAGAGAAGAAGAAAAAGAAAGAUGAGCAAUCCACGCCGCGCUACUUCGGACUCCUCCCCGAAGUCGAUCUCAUUGAUGUCAUCGGGAAAAAAAUGGAAGACGCAUCGGACGUACCAGAAAAUGGAAAAGCGUUCUGGAAUGCUCUUGUUGCCGGACAUCGUCUCCAUAGAAUGGCACUUCCUCCCUCGUUCACCUUCACUCUCGGUCAUUUGGUCUGGAAUAAACGAAUUAUGGCCAUCACCGUGGAUGACUUCGACCUCGACGGCUCGCCAGACAAUCCCUCUUCCGCAGGUCAGGAAGGUAGUGAGUUUGUGUCGAAACUGUCGGAGGAAGUCCGAAAUUCUUUGCACGUAACGGUUGGAACAAGCGAUCCUCAGGUAGCCCCUUUUGAAGCGAAGGCACUUGUGGAGGCGUGGCGUUUUGGGAAGAGAUCAGGUAUUGGCUCACUCGAACUCGAUGGGCUGACAGCGCGGGGCAGAAUGAAAGGACUUUUUAAUUGAAGAUGCUGUGGUCUUGUUUCUUUAAGUAACGGCUUCAUGACCAUAAUAUGACCAACGUACAUCCCCUCUCAUCAACCCGCCAUCAAUAAAACUGUAUCAAUACCAAUAGCAAGUCAAUAGUACACACAACUCAAUGUCACUUUCUGGAGAAAUCAAAACACUACGCGUGGGUUUUGGAUGUUAUUAUUGGUCAGUGAAUAUCGCGCAAAUGUGAAUACUGAGGAAGUGCAGAUCUCGCUCAAUUCUCCCGAU